AUGCCCUCCUACACACGCAGGCAGGUCGGGGCCCCAAACACCCUCGACUACCGAGUCUUCAUCGAAUCCGACGGCAAGCCCAUCUCGGCCUUCCAUGAUAUUCCUCUGUAUGCAGAUGCAGAGAAGACAAUCCUGAACAUGGUCGUUGAAGUGCCUCGAUGGACCAAUGCAAAGAUGGAAAUCUCAAAGGAAGAUGCACUCAACCCCAUCAAGCAAGACAUCAAGAAGGGUAAACUCCGAUUCGUUCGCAACUGUUUCCCUCAUCAUGGUUAUAUCUGGAACUACGGUGCUCUGCCACAGACUUGGGAAGAUCCCAAUGCCAUCCACUCAGAGACCAAAGCCAAGGGCGACAACGACCCAUUGGAUGUCUGUGAGAUUGGUGAGGCUGUUGGUUAUGUUGGUCAGAUCAAGCAAGUCAAGCCUCUCGGUGUCAUGGCUCUCCUCGAUGAAGGUGAGACUGACUGGAAGGUGAUUGUCAUUGACGUCAACGACCCAUUGGCUUCCAAGCUCAACGACAUUGAAGAUGUUGAGAAGCACCUGCCAGGACUCAUCCGCGCUUCCAAUGAAUGGUUCCGCAUCUACAAGAUCCCAGAUGGUAAGCCAGAGAACCAAUUUGCCUUUUCGGGUGAGUGCAAGAACAAAAAGUACGCAGAGGAAGUCAUCUCUGAGUGUGCUGAGGCUUGGGAGAAGCUCAUCACGGGCAAGACACCAGCUGGCGAUGUCAACACCCUCAAUGUCGCUGUCGAUCACUCUCCCUUCAAGGGCGCUGCACCCAACGUCCCUCAGGGUAGCGAGCAGGCACCUGCCCCUAUUGACGCCAGUAUCGACAAGUGGUUCUUCAUCUCUGGAGGCCUCUAA